GCGUUGUUCUUUGAAGGAAAAUAUUUGAAUGCCUGGAAAGGAGUGCCAUUCUUAAAGGAUUGUCUUAGUCUCGCAAUAGUGCAGAAGUUAUUUUGGGAAGAGAAGCCUCAGACAGUCAUCGAGCUUGGCGCAUGGAAGGGUGGAUCAGCCUUGUGGUCAGCAGAUAUGCUGAAAAUUUUAGGUGUGAAGUCACAUGUCUUUUCUAUGGACAUUGAUCUUUCUCUUCUGGAUCCAGUCGCCAAGGAAUGCCCUGAUGUAACUUUCAUUGAAGGAAAUUCGAAUGAAAUCGAAAAAUGCUUCCCUCCAGAAUUGCUUCAGACUCUCCCACAUCCUUGGUUCAUUACUGAAGACGUGCAUAUUAAUAUAGUUGAAGUACUGAAAUACUUUGACAAAUUUACGGAGCCUGGUGACUACAUCUGCGUAGAAGAUACUAAUCCAUUAGCACCAAACCAGCCUGGCCAGGGACUCAUCAAAGAGCUUGGGUAUACUCCGUUUGGACAUUCGAAACUUGAUAAGUUAAAGGAAUUUAUGAAAACUCAUUCAGAGAGAUACCUUGUUGACCAACUAUAUACAGACCUCUUUGGGUAUAAUGUUACAUGGAACUCAAACGGUUUCCUCAAACGCGUUUAGAGGUCAUUCAUCGUGACUCUCCUGGGUUUCAAGAAAGAAUGAUAGAAAUCAUUCAAAAUAAGCUUGGUCAAUUCAUGGAAUAAAAAACUAGUUUGAAACAAAUUAGUAGUUAAUGAUUCACUUCACAGCAACAGUCGCCUGCUAUUGUAUUGGCAGCUUCUACUUUCAAGUAUUUUGGUCGUGGAAAGAUAAACUUAUGGGCACCUUCAGAUUAAGUGGUUUGUGACUUUUUAGCUAGAGAAAAUUGCACCUUGCCUGAUUUCGUGGCUGAACAGAUCAAUAAACAGAAGUAUUAAAAUUA